AUGCAAGAUUUGCCAAUAUAUCAAUCACAAUAUUCAUAAUAAUUUUUUAAUGAUUUUCCAUUUUAUAAAGAAUUAACUAAUUAUAAAGGAAAUAAAAUAAAAUAAGUUCCAAUUAUACGUUUAUUUGGAGCUAAUAAAUAUGGGUAAAAAUGUUGUUUGAAUAUACACAAAGUAUAAUUAUUAUUUAUAUAAAUAUGUUUUAAUUUUUAAUAAAAAGUAUUUUCCCUAUUUUUAUAUUAAAUUAGAAAAUUUAGAAGAAAUAUUGGAAAAAAACAGUAUUUAUUUUAUAUUUAAAGUAAAAUAUUUUUUUUCUUUUAUUAAAAAAAAUAAAAAAAAAUAUAUAAAAAAGAUGAUUAUCUGAUAUAAUUUGGUUAAUAAUUAGAUGAAAUUUUGGACAAAUUAUUAAAUAUAAAAUAAGGAAUUAAAAGUAUAGAGCAUGUUAAAAGGAAAGAUAUAUAUGGUUUUUACAAAAAAGAAUAAUCUUUUUUAAAGAUAUUAUAUAUAAAUCCUUCGCAUAAUAAAAAAAUAUAAGAAAUAUUAACUAAUGGGGCUUUAAAUAAUAUUAAAUAUUAAAUAUAUGAGGGACAUUUGACCUUUUUCAUGCAUUUUUAUAGUGAUAAUUGUAUUUUUGGAAUGAAAGAAAUAACAGUAAUGAAUUUUAAGUUUAGAAUAAAUUGCUAAGAGUAUGAAGUUGAUUGUUUUGAGAAAAUAAAAGUUAGUUUAAUGUAAAGAAAUAAGGUUGUAGGUUAAAUAGAAAAUUAAUAAGUUAAUUUAAAAGUUGAUUUUUCAGAAAAUAAUAUUUUUUCAAAUUAAAUAAAAAAAUCUACUUGCUAUAUUGAAGCCGAUGUUGAAUAUAACAAUAUUAUUAAUAUUUUGGAUUUUAUAGAAGAAAAUGGGGAUCUAUAAAAAUUUGUUUUUUCUCAAGCAAUAAAUGAUUUAUGGGAAGACGAAUAAAAAAGAAGAUAAAUUUUUAAAAUAGAAUAAAAAUUAAAUGUUUUUGAAAAUAAAUAAAUAAUGAUAUAAGUGGAUGAUAUUGUUAAUUAAAUGUUUAAAAAUGAUUAAGUUAGGUUCAAAUUAUAAAGGUUAGCUUAAUUUAAGGCUAAGUAAUAAAAAAAUGGAAUUUAUAUGCCUUUUUAGAGUAUUGAAUGCUUUAUUAAUUCAAAAUAAAAUGAGUAAAAUAUUAUCAAAAUUAAUUUUUAAAAUAAAUUUUAAGAAUAUAAAAAUCGAAAAUAAGAGAUUUUAUAAAUUUUAAUUAAAUAAAAUAAAAAUAAAUAUUAAUAAAAAGUAAAUAAUUUAUUUAAUUAAUAGGAUGAAUAAGAUGAGGAAAAUAUGAAAGAUGUUUUAAAUAUUUUAAAUGAAAAUUAAAACAAAAAUAUUUUAAUAAAUAAUACUAAUUCUAAGUAGUCAAUAAAGUAAUAUUUAUAGGAUUUUUGUUAUAAUUGUCAAUAAUUAAUUCCUUUUUGUAAAUGCCAUUUUAUAAAUGAUAAAAUUAAUUAUUAAAAUUCCAAAUUUUUUAUUAAAUAAAAUAAAACUAAACCAAUUUAAAAUUUUUAUAUCUAUAAAUAGAAAUCUCCUUUGUUAAAAACAACAUUUUAAAGCAUUAAUAAAAAUACUAGAAGUGACAUAAAAUAAUAUGCUUAUUUUGAAAAUAUUAAAGAUUUUUUUUCUCAUUAUGGUAUAAAAUAAAAUAAAGAAGAUAUCCCUUUGUUAUUUCAGGCUUAAAUCUUAAGUUUGUUAAAUGAAAAAUAAGGCAAAGAUUAUAUAAUUGAUAUAAAAAAUAUACUUAAAUUGCCUAAAUUUACACGAGUAUAUACUUCUUAAGAUUAUGGAAAUUAAUUUAUAAAUAAUAUUAAUACAAAAAAAAGUUUUAAUUAUUUAUAAAAACCUCCUUCUUUAGAUAAAAUAUGUUAUGAUAUUUAAGAAAAAUAAAAAAAUAGUAAAAAAGCUUUGAAUAAUAUUAUAUCUCCUUGGAAAAAUAAUAGGAUUUCUUAAAAAAAAAGCAUGAAAAAUGAAAAUAUAAAUUAAAAUGAAAAUUCUUUUGUUGGCGAUAUCACUGUUAUGUUUUUAGAAUGUUUUGCAAAAAGUUUUCCUAAAAAAUUACCAAACCCUUAAAAUGAUCAAAUAUUUUUGAUUAUUUUUUCUGUUUAAAAUUAAAAACAUAAUUUUUAAUAAAAAAAAAUAAAAAAUGUUAAAAAGUAAUACUUAUAUAUAUAUAUAGAAAUAAAUGAAUCAAUAAGUGAAAUACUUAUAGUACGAUCAGAAACUGACUUAAUAAAAUUGUUAAUACUAAUAGUUUAAAAAAUCGAUCCUGACAUACUUUGUGGAUGGGAUACUGAAUAAUAAUCUUUAGGUUACAUAAUUUAAAGAUGUGAAACUUUAGGUAUAUAAAUAUCUGACUAUUUAAGCCGAUGCCCUUCUAAUAUAAUUGAUUUGUUAAAUGUUUUAUAAUAAAGUGAAUUUUUAUCUUAAAACUAAAAAGAGUAAAUAUUCUCAAACUAAAAUUUGAGUAUAAGUAAUAGUAUAAAUAGUCUAGAUAAUAGUUCAAAUGCAAUUAAUAGUAGCAGUAAUGAUGAAAAUGAGGAAAACUUAAGCAAGUUUUAGAGCAAUAAAUUAGUAAAAUAAAAAUAAGUUGAUUUUUUACAAAAGUCUAAUUCUUAAAAUAGUAUUGGAGGUAUUAUAAAUCCUAAAUAUAAAACUUAAAAUGAUAAUACGAAUAUUAAAGGAAGAAUGAUUUUAAAUACAUGGAGAGUAGCUAAAGAAGAAUUUAAAUUCACUAAUUAUGAUUUAUAGAAUGUAUAUUAUGAACUAUUUGGAAUUAAAAAUCCAGUAUUUUCUAAUUCUAAGCUUUCUUUUUGGUUUAAUAUGUAAGAAAAGUCUAUUGUAUUGAACUAUUUUUUAAACAGAGUUUAAUGUAUUUAAUAGAUUUUAGAAAAAAUGGAUACAAUUUAAAGAACUACAGCUUCAGCUAGAUUAUAUGGAUGUGAUUUCGAAAGUAUUUUAACUAGAGGUACUUAAUUUAUUGUAGAAGGUGUUUUAAAUAGAGUUUGCAAAUAAAUAGGUUUUCUACUUUUAUCUGCUAGCAAAUAAUAAGUGUCGGCCUAAAAAAUACUUGAAUGUACUCCUUUGGUUUUAUAACCUUAAAAAAGUUUCUAUGUUGAGUAAUAACAAUAUUAAUAUUUAUAUAUUUAUUUUUUUAAAAGUCCUAUAAUAGUUUUAGAUUUUUAAUCAUUAUAUCCUUCAAUAAUAAUAGCUUAUAACUAUUGUUAUUCUACAUGUUUAGGUAAUAUAAAUGAACUAUAUACCGAAGAAGGAAAAAAAAGACUUGGAGUGAUCAGAAACUACGAUUUUUAACUCAAUUCACUUAAGUAGAUAGAAGAAAAGCUAUUUAUUUCCCCUAAUGAAGUAGCGUUUGUAAAGAAAAGCGUUCGCUAAGGAGUUUUACCUUAAAUUUUGCACGAGUUUUUACUCUCAAGAAUAAUGAUAAAAGAGUCUGCAAAAUAUUACAAAAAAAAUGAAUACAUAAGCAAAUUAUUACAAGCUAGAUAACAAUCUAUAAAAAAUUUCAUGAAUGUAGUUUAUGGAUACGCCGGUGCUUCUUUUUCAGGAAGAAUGCCAUGUAACGAUUUAGCUGAUUCAAUAGUGGAUACUGGGAAGUAUAUUCUAUAAGAAGUUAUAAGGAAAAUUAACUCGAAUUCGAAAUGGAAUGCAAAAGUGGUUUAUGGAGAUACUGAUUCUGUUUUUGUAAUUUGUAAAGGGAGGAAUCCGAAAGAAAGCCAUUUUUUGGGAGAAGAAAUUGCAAGUGAAAUUUCGAAGGUUUUCCCUUAUCCUAUAGAGUUGAAAUUUGAAAAAGUUUAUUCAGAGUUGGUCAUUUGUUCUAAAAAACACUAUGUAGGGUUUAAAGUUUAGGAAAAUUUUUAAAAUAAAGUAUUGGAUUGUAAAGGAAUGGAACUUGUAAGGAGAGAUGGGUGUGAGAGUGUGUAGAAGAUUUUGAGAGAAUGUAUGUAUAUUUUGUUUGAGAGUAAAAAUUUGAGUUUAUUGAAGAGCUAUUUGGUUAAUUAAUGGAGCAAAGUGUUGAAUAAUUAGAUCAAUUUUAAGGAUUUUGUGAUUGCUAAGGAAGUUAAACUAGGUAAAUAUGGAGAUAAUAAGCCACCGCAUGCAGUCGUGGGUUUAAAAAAUAUGCAAAUGGAUAAAAUGGAUAAACCAAAAUAUGGUUAAAGGGUCUAGUAUUUGGUAGUUAGGGGAGAUUUUAAAGCCAAAAUUAGAGACUUGGUUGUUAGUGUGUAGGAGUUUGUUAAUAAUAAACAUAAAUAUUCACUUAAUUCGUUUUAUUAUAUUAAGCAUUAAAUAAAUGCGGCUGUUGGAAGAGUUUUGGCUACUAUGAAUAUUGAUAUUAAUGUAUUUCAUAUUAUUUAAAUAUAUAUAUAUAUAUCAUUUAUUUAGGAUUGGUUAGAAUAAAUACCAAAAGGAAUUACUAAAAAAAAUAUUAUAAAUGAGUAAAAAGUACUAGAUUUUUAUAAUAUUUAGAAUUGUGUAAUUUGCUAAAAUUAUAGUAAAGAAUAAAUUUGUAAAAAUUGUUAAAAAAAUGAAAGAAAUUGUAGUUUUUUAAUUGAAAAUAAAAUUAAAUUGCUAAAAUAAGAUUUAAUUUAAAAUGAAAAAAGAUGCCUAAAUUGUUCUUCUUUUUCUUUUUAAAAUGUUGAAGAUGUUCCUUGUGUAGAAUAUAAUUGUUCUUAUUUUUUUGAAAAAAAACGUGCGAAAGAUUAAUUUUAGGCUUUUGGGAAUAUUAUUAAGGCAUAUAAUGAUUUAUUUUUAAAUAAAGAUUUAUAUAAUAACCUAAAAUGA